GAAAACAUGUCGCGAGAAAUUUUAUAAUGGCUGUUGUUCGGAUAAGAAAAGGUGUUUUGCCUAAAGCCCGAUUGUGGUAUGGAGAUGCAAAUGAAGAUCAUUCGAGAGCCAUGCUUCGAAGAUACUUAUUUCAGCAUAAACUUUGUUCAGCUUGUUGUGGAUUUUAUGGACCAAAUUUCGGGCAACCUCUUUGUGUAACUUGUCACUCGUUUUUGUAUCCUGACGAUGUAAAUAUUGCUGAUUGUGGUGUAGUGUAUCAAGAGAAGAGUGAUUCUGACGACUCAGGAAAUGAAGAACCUUCCGAUUUUUACGAGACUCUACAGCAAAGGCAAGAAAGACCGCCUGCUAUUCUAAGGCAGCCUAAGUUAGAUAAAUUAUCAGAAUGUAUAACUGCCUUAAUUUCACCCAAGAGAAAAGAAGUUUUCCAAGAAGGCUUAAUGGAAAAUCUACCAAGUGAAGUUCUUGUUGUAAUAUUCUCUUUCUUGGAUGAUUUCUCCUUGUGGAACUGUUCUCAAGUAUGCAAACGGUGGUGCAGUGUAGUUGAAGCAAAUAAUUCAGAAGAAAAAUGGAGGCAAUACACAAGGCGACGCUGGCAACUAUUUAAUCCAACAUUUAUUGUUCCUUGUUGGAGAAAAAUGUAUUCAAAAUUAGCUCAAAGUUCACCUUGUAUGCUAUGCCUACAUCAAAUGACAGAACAGGAAGAACCAUCUGUUGUUUGUAGUUCUUGGAGGACUAUUAGGCUGCGGAAUGAAAUGAAAUCGCUUCACUCUGAUCCUCCUGAAGGAAUUGAAGCAGUGCCUCUAGAUGAAAUGUGUUACCAUUGGCAAGCAUCCAUAACAGGUCCUGCUGAUAGCCCUUAUGAAGGAGGCACAUUUUUCCUUUAUUUACAGAUUCCACCAAGUUAUCCAAUGAAGCCUCCCAUUGUUCGCUUUAUUACGAAGAUAUUUCAUCCAAAUAUAAGUCGUCAUGGAGAUAUUGGGAUAGAUUCCAUACACGACAACUGGAGCUUGAUAUUAACAAUUUCUAAAAUUUUAAUUAGUAUUCAGUCUCUGUUGACUGAUCCAUAUUGUCAUGUAUGUAUGGAGCCUGAAAUAGGACACUUAUAUCAAGAAAACAAAGCUACUUUUGACAGAAUAGCUAGGUUUUGGACACUGCGUUAUGCAAUGCUUCACAGAAGGCCACCCUCUUUAGAGAGGCCGCAAUAUCUUUCACAGGAAAAUGGAUUAAAUCCAACAUUGUAAAUAAUGAAACAGUGUUUCAGCCAAAGAGUGAAUGAAGUCUUUGAUUCCACUAGAGGGGAGCUGUUUUGUGUAUGAUAAAAUUUGUAUAUGUGUUAUAAAUCAGGAGACUCCUGAGAGUUGCCAUGACAUGGUUUGUCUUGUAAAAACUGAUUUUGUAAUAUUUCAGAAUGCUAAUAUUGCUCUCAGAUAUUCAAAUAAAGGGUAACUUGAUACAUAUAGUUAUUGUGAUGCAGGCAUGUGCAUUGUGGGAGAAAAAAUGCACAACAUUUGUUUGUAGUUAGAAAAUGUAUUUGUAAUUUUUACCCUUUGCACAUUAGGUUUGUUAAUCCAUACUUGUUUAGAAGUUAUGCUUUUCCAUAUUAUCAUCCCUCUGAUUUACUUAGGCUGAUUUUUUUCAAAGCAUGAGCUCCAUUGUAAAUUAUUUGUAUUUAAGAGUUAUAUUUCAGGCAUGAAAGUUUUCGGCUGAUCCGCUUUUAAAGGGUUUCUUUUAGCUGUUUUCGAGAUCAAUAUAAAUCUUGCGGAAUCAUGAGGGAAAAUGUGGAUGAAGGUGACUUGAAAACACUCCUUGUAGUAGUUAAAAGGAAUCCUUGUUUCAAACACAAAAAUGAAAAUUAAAUUUGCUUUCGCAACAAACCAACAUCGAACACUUGCAUCGUCGAAAAUGGUCUGCCAUGUUUGAGAGUUCAAUCCUUUUUUUGCCGCCUGCAAAUAUUCAUUUUUUUUUUAAAGUUACAAACUGUUUUAUCAUACGUUUAUUCUAAUAUUCUCAAUUUAUUAUUUAUUUUAAUAACUUAUUUUUUUCCUUUAUUUUUUUGCUACUUUUAAAUAGUUGAUAGUUUUUAAUUUGUCUUGUUAAUUCAUUUUAUUGUUUAUUUUAAAGAAAUUUUUAAUGCAUUUUAUAAUGUCCUGGUUUAUGUAUUUUGCUGUAACUGUUUGUUCUUGCUAAGUAAUUUUU